AUGGGGGAGUGCAGAGGCUCUAUGGGUGUAACGUUGUUGUGGAUCAUGCUGUGGAUAUCUAGAUACUGUCAAGGACUCUCAGCUGAACGUGAGUAAUGUGUUUCUGGUUGAAUUAUUUGUCAUAAAAUACUCACCUUUUAAAGAGGCAAUCUGCAGUUGUUACAUCCAUUUUGAGACCUUUAAAUUAUGAUAUACACCAGCAUAGCCACGGGAAGUAGUUUGAGGGUGGGGUGCUGUACAUUUUGUUGCCAAUGGGGGAGUGGGGGAGGGGCUGAGCAUGUUUUGUCAAGGGGGUUGCAGACGGAUAUAUACUCUAAUACAGGACUAUUAAAGGCCGGGGGGGGGGCAUUGAUUUUGUUAGUCAGUCUCACUCAGAUAUCACAUUAAAAACUGCAAACAUUUAUCUUCACCUUAUGGCAAAAUGUGUAGAAUUGCAAGAAAUUCGUUUUAAAAAAUCAGCAUUUUCUCUGUGACCCAUGGCAAAAUGUGUAGAAUUGUACGAAAUUAACCCAACUAAAAAAAACAUCUCUCUGCUGUCAAGAGGGGGGCUGCUAAAAUGUUUUGUUCACUAUGUGGUGGGGGGUGGAGGGGUAUGCACAUGUAGCUAUGCAGACUCGUGAGCAACUGCGGCCCCUCAUGAUGAGUUCAGAGUUUUUGUGGCCACCACCCCAUCAAAGUUGCCCAUCCUUGAUAUACACCCAUUGAUUCUUGAAGAAUAUAACUGCCUUAUGAGCUUAGUUCAACUGUUGUACUCCAUCAGAAUCCCAUUAUAUAAGCUGUAAACAAUGUAAAUGUAAACAAAAAAUGUAUAAAUAUCUCCAGGCCCGUCCCUUAGCUGUUUACCAAAUCAGUAGCAGGUUAACUGCUUUGUUGUUGUUCUAACAGCAGAUUGCCCCUUUAAAGCAUGACAUACAAGUAGGAUGAAGCUAUUGAGGAGUCAUCUGAGAAAGAGAGCGAGAUAAAAUUUGAGAUUUGAACAGUGAAUAAUAUUAAUAUAAAGAUAUUUUGCAGCUUUUUAUCCUAUCGUUUUGAAUAUCUUCCCUCCACAGAAUUGUCAAAGAAGAUAUUUUUCCUUGAGGAGACCAGUAACAGAGUCACUCUCCCAGUUUCCCCUGCAGUUCCAAAAGGGACAGCGCACCAAUGGAUAUGGACCUCACAUGAUGGCAGACACUCAAACACUUCAGUAGCCCAAAUCACUUCACCCAUGAAUAGAAAGCCUUCAUCGAACAGACAGGAUCCUAUCUCACAAGGAACCGGAUAUGAUCUUUCCAUCCAAACAAUAUUUGAAAAUGCUGGAGAGUUUGUGUUCAUGCAAACCAAACCAGCUUUAGCAGUUCUGGCAAGAUUUGAGGUGUUUAGUUUUGUGUCUAAAGGUAUGUUGGACAUGUUCAAUUUCUCAAUGGGUAUCAUUUCAAUCAUUUUUAAAUAUCAAUGUAUAUCGCCUUGUCAAUAUCAGAAUAAGAGCCAAAAUGUUGCUGUUGUAAUCAUUUCAUUAUUGAUUAUCAAGCAUUUUAGAUUUAGAAAAAUGUAAACCGCUGAUUUCCACUUUUUCCCUCGUUUUAUCUUCUUUUAACAAAUUGAAGUAAAGUAAUGGAUAUCUCCUUUUUGCAGUGACACCAAUUGAUAAUCAAGUGUAUCUUGGUUCUGAUGUUAGUGUGCGUUGCGAGGUGUCCAGCCUACCAGAAGGGGCCACACUGCAGUGGGAAAGAGAGGGAGAUCCCACUUCUAACACCACGUUGUUCUACAACAACACUGCCCACAUGAUCAUCCACACUGUUGAUCAGAAUUACCGGGGAAGAUCCAACUGCAAUUUCAGACUGAAUGGAGAAUUGUUGUUUACUGUUUAUACUAAACUGAAUGUGCAAACAAGUAAGAUUUAUUAACAUUAAUGUAAUAUAUUAAUACAUGAAUUGACCAAAUAAUUUGUUCAGGAUUAAAUAUUCAGGAAUAUUGUCCUCAAUAAUACAAAGAAAAGAGUGCACUAUACAGGCAAACAAUUAUCAUCAGCAUUUUCCCUUUAAUGUUUUUUGUUUAUUUUUUCCAGACACAUAUAGUAGACCAUUAUUAAUACAUUUGUUUCGAGAGAGCAGCAACAGCAGUGAGGUGAACUUGAUCUGCAGGUCUAUCUCCACAUACCACAGAGCCGAAUGGACCGUGACCAAAUCAACAACAUCUGUUACUUUGACUUCAUAUAAUACAGAGUCAUUGGACAAGGUCAGAAGAGACCGAUUCUCAUCUCCUCCGUUCAACGGAUAUGAUUUCCCACUGCAUGUCUCACCAGUGACAUUUGAGGAUGGUGGAAUGUUCACAUGUUUCUUUAAUGGCCAAAUAUUCGGCUCGGUUAAACUCACAACCAUUCGAGGUAACUUUGCUUUUGUCUUUUAACAAUGAGAGAGCAGACACUCUGUUCACGUACACUGUUGGUUACUAUGACAACCAUACACUUUUCAUUUAAUCAUUGAAUUAUUCAGCUGUUCAGUACAUUGUUACAGUAUACUGCUCUUUCAGAGGUCAAAGUAUAGUACAGGACUGUUUUCUGUUCUUUAUCUUAGUAUCUGAAUCUGGAGGGCCCCCUGGUGGCCAGCCGGUUGUGCUGAGGUGUGAGGUGUCGGAGGUGAGCGGUGACCCUGUGACCCUGGCCUGGAUGAGGAUGGAGGGGAGCAGGGGGCUGCUGGUCAAACAGGACAUCCUGACAGAGAGUCACCCCAACAGGACGCUCAGUGUGACCCUGCCCAGCCUCUGCAGAGACCAGCUGCACUGGCAGUGUGUUGUGUUCACAGAGGGCAUGCUCAGAGCGACAGCCUCCCUGACCCUCACACUCCCCACAAACACAACAAUGUCUUCAAUGACAGGUAACAACCUGUUAUGAUAGGCUCUCUUCAAUUUGACCCAAUCUGUUCCAACCUAUCUCAAUCCAAACUAAUUAUGCCGCACUGGACCUCUGCUUUCCAAUGGCAUAAGCCUACUGUAACAAAAUAAAUAGGUUACCAUGCUUGAGAGGUUGCCAUGUGUAAUAUAAUCUAACAGAAGUCUCUGUUUCUUAGGGAUGGGCACCGAGACAGUGGUCAGAGGGGUGAUUACAAUGGCUGCCACCCUAGGAGUUUUCGGAUUUCUCGGCUUCUACUGUCGUAGACCAAACGGUAAGGAGACACUUCCUCUUGGAUAGACUCUCCAUAAAAAAGGAAUCCAACCCAAUCCCAAAGGAAUGGGACAUUGAGGCACCAUCUAAAAUGACUGUGUUAGACAGUACUUAUCUUUCUCUUUCAUUUGGGACCGAGGCAGAGCUAGCCUUCAUAUGGGACAUGGAUCCAUCUCCACAUUAAAGUGCUUUUAAAGUCUCCAAACAUAUGAACAACUUUUUUGAUUUUGUAGUGAACUACAACUUAAAUUAACAUUAUGAAGUAACAUACAUGAUAGUCUUUCAUAAGUACUGAGUGGAAAACUAGUGAAUUAGUGUGUGUAAAGGACAUCAUUGCAUACUCUUCUGGUUGAUGUGUUGGUGUGUCUUCCAUCCAGGUACCCAGACACAGAGACAAAGGAAGGAACCUGCUCAACUGGAGGAGACUAGUGUAUAGCCUUGUUGCUAGCCUAUGGCCUGUGGCAGUGUUAAAAUAUAGCUUUGCCACCCAUGUCUGUAGUAACCAGUGAUGUCUUUCACACUGAAUUACCACAUGACACACUGUGUUCGGUCAAAAGGUCAGGCAAUGGAAACUUCAACAGUGUUAAAAUAAUGUGUUAACCACCAACAUCCUUCCCCUCAAAGACUAAUAUUGAAAACAUGACCAUGUUAUGAUACUGUAAGCAUCUUUCCUAAACACCUAAAUAAUUUACACUGAGUGUACAAAACAUUAGGAACACCUGCUCUUUCAAUUACAGACUGACCAGGUGAAUCCAGUUGAAAGAUAUGAUCCCUUAUUGAUGUCACUUGUUAAAUCCACUUCAAUCAGUGUAGAUGAAGGGGAGGAGACAGGUUAAAUAAGGAUUUUUAAACCUUGAGACAUGUAUUGUGUGUGUGUGUGCCAUUCAGAGGGUGAAUGGGCAAGACAAAAUAUUUAAGUGCCAUUGAACGGGGGUAUGGUAGUAGGGACCAGGCGCACCGGUUUGUGUCAAGAACUGCAACUCUGCUGGGGUUUUCACGCUCAACAGUUUCCCAUGUGUAUCAAGACUGGUCCACCACCCAAAGGACAUCCAGCCAACUUGACACAACUGUGGGAAGCUUUGGAAUCAACAUGGGCCAGCAUCCCUGUGGAACGCUUUCGACACCUUGUAGAGUCCAUUGCUCGAUGAAUUGAGGCUGUUCUUAAUGUUUUUACACUCAGUGUAUAUUAUUUAGUUAAUCUUAGAAAUGUAAGUUUCCAUUCAUCCUCAGUCUGUAAUGUUUGUUCACAAUAAAUAGUGAUGUUAAUACUAGCUUGGCAACAGUGUCUCAGCUUAUUUUACCAUCUAAUUUUCCUGUAUUAGGAAAGCUGUUAGUAAUAGAGAACUUUAAAGGGUCUGUUGCAAGAGACUGGUCAUAAUGUAGAAAGUUCCUGUUUUUUGUUUUGAAAGCCUUUGGUUGCAUUUAGACACCAUGGUCUUUGGAAUUCCCCAUAAUUCACCAACUGUUAUUUGCUUCAAAAGGAACAUUUUACAUUUAGAUUUAAGUCAUUUAGCAGACGCUCUUAUCCAGAGCGACUUACAAAUUGGUGCAUGUCAUGCUUCCAUAUUAAUUAUAAUAUCUGUAACAUGCUUUUAAUAAUACUACUUCUAUUAUUUUAAUUGCACAGCAUUUACAUUAUAUUUUGCUACAUUUUGCUAAACUGUGACAUGUUUGACCAUUGUUUUGAUCCCAUUGAUGCCUAUAAUGAUGGUUGAGUGUCAGGCGACUUUUGAUCAUUUAACCCUUAAUCCUACUCCUUAAUCCCUGCCUGCUACAUACAGUAUAGGGUGGAUACAAGUAAAGUGAGAUUUUAUGAAGUACUAUAUCCUCAGAUGCGCAGUCAUUUUAAAUUGCAUCACAUCUGUAGUGUUUGAACUUCUUCUUUUCUUCAGUUCCUGAACAUAUUUAUCAGGAUGUCAGUAAUGAUAUGAGUUGGCUACUGAGUAGAGAGUAGGGGAACAGAACAGCAAGAUACAGCAACAUGGGGGAGUGCAGAGGCUCUAUGGGUGUAACGUUGUUGUGGAUCAUGCUGUGGAUAUCUAGAUACUGUCAAGGACUCUCAGCUGAACGUGAGUAAUGUGUUUCUGGUUGAAUUAUUUGUCAUAAAAUACUCACCUUUUAAAGAGGCAAUCUGCAGUUGUUACAUCCAUUUUGAGACCUUUAAAUUAUGAUAUACACCAGCAUAGCCACGGGAAGUAGUUUGAGGGUGGGGUGCUGUACAUUUUGUUGCCAAUGGGGGAGUGGGGGAGGGGCUGAGCAUGUUUUGUCAAGGGGGUUGCAGACGGAUAUAUACUCUAAUACAGGACUAUUAAAGGCCGGGGGGGGGGCAUUGAUUUUGUUAGUCAGUCUCACUCAGAUAUCACAUUAAAAACUGCAAACAUUUAUCUUCACCUUAUGGCAAAAUGUGUAGAAUUGCAAGAAAUUCGUUUUAAAAAAUCAGCAUUUUCUCUGUGACCCAUGGCAAAAUGUGUAGAAUUGUACGAAAUUAACCCAACUAAAAAAAACAUCUCUCUGCUGUCAAGAGGGGGGCUGCUAAAAUGUUUUGUUCACUAUGUGGUGGGGGGUGGAGGGGUAUGCACAUGUAGCUAUGCAGACUCGUGAGCAACUGCGGCCCCUCAUGAUGAGUUCAGAGUUUUUGUGGCCACCACCCCAUCAAAGUUGCCCAUCCUUGAUAUACACCCAUUGAUUCUUGAAGAAUAUAACUGCCUUAUGAGCUUAGUUCAACUGUUGUACUCCAUCAGAAUCCCAUUAUAUAAGCUGUAAACAAUGUAAAUGUAAACAAAAAAUGUAUAAAUAUCUCCAGGCCCGUCCCUUAGCUGUUUACCAAAUCAGUAGCAGGUUAACUGCUUUGUUGUUGUUCUAACAGCAGAUUGCCCCUUUAAAGCAUGACAUACAAGUAGGAUGAAGCUAUUGAGGAGUCAUCUGAGAAAGAGAGCGAGAUAAAAUUUGAGAUUUGAACAGUGAAUAAUAUUAAUAUAAAGAUAUUUUGCAGCUUUUUAUCCUAUCGUUUUGAAUAUCUUCCCUCCACAGAAUUGUCAAAGAAGAUAUUUUUCCUUGAGGAGACCAGUAACAGAGUCACUCUCCCAGUUUCCCCUGCAGUUCCAAAAGGGACAGCGCACCAAUGGAUAUGGACCUCACAUGAUGGCAGACACUCAAACACUUCAGUAGCCCAAAUCACUUCACCCAUGAAUAGAAAGCCUUCAUCGAACAGACAGGAUCCUAUCUCACAAGGAACCGGAUAUGAUCUUUCCAUCCAAACAAUAUUUGAAAAUGCUGGAGAGUUUGUGUUCAUGCAAACCAAACCAGCUUUAGCAGUACUGGCAAGAUUUGAGGUGUUUAGUUUUGUGUCUAAAGGUAUGUUGGACAUGUUCAAUUUCUCAAUGGGUAUCAUUUCAAUCAUUUUUAAAUAUCAAUGUAUAUCGCCUUGUCAAUAUCAGAAUAAGAGCCAAAAUGUUGCUGUUGUAAUCAUUUCAUUAUUGAUUAUCAAGCAUUUUAGAUUUGGAAAAAUGUAAACCGCUGAUUUCCACUUUUUCCCUCGUUUUAUCUUCUUUUAUCAAAUUGAAGUAAAGUAAUGGAUAUCUCCUUUUUGCAGUGACACCAAUUGAUCGUGUUAAUCAAGUGUAUCUUGGUUCUGAUGUUAGUGUGCGUUGCGAGGUGUCCAGCCUACCAGAAGGGGCCACACUGCAGUGGGAAAGAGAGGGAGAUCCCACUUCUAACACCACGCUGUUCUACAACAACACUGCCCACAUGGUCAUCCACACUGUUGAUCACAAUUACCAGGGAAGAUCCAACUGCAAUUUCAGACUGAAUGGAGAAUUGUUGUUUACUGUUGAUACUAAACUGAAUGUGCAAACAAGUAAGAUUUAUUAACAUUAAUGUAAUAUAUUAAUACAUGAAUUGACCAAAUAAUUUGUUCAGGAUUAAAUAUUCAGGAAUAUUGUCCUCAAUAAUACAAAGAAAAGAGUGCACUAUACAGGCAAACAAUUAUCAUCAGCAUUUUCCCUUUAAUGUUUUUUGUUUAUUUUUUCCAGACACAUAUAGUAGACCAUUAAUACAUUUGUUUCGAGAGAGCAGCAACAGCAGUGAGGUGAAGCUGAUCUGCAGGUCUAUCUCCACAUACUACCGCAGAGCCGAAUGGACCGUGACCAAAUCAACAACAUCUGUUACUUUGACUUCAUAUAAUACAGUGUCAUUGGACAAGGUCGGAAGAGACCGAUUCUCAUCUCCUCCGUUCAACGGAUAUGAUUUCCCACUGCAUGUCUCACCAGUGACAUUUGAGGAUGGUGGAAUGUUCACAUGUUUCUUUGAUGGCCAUAAAUUCGGCUCGGUUAAACUCACAACCAUUCGAGGUAACUUUGCUUUUGUCUUUUAACAAUGAGAGAGCAGACACUCUGUUCACGUACACUGUUGGUUACUAUGACAACCAUACACUUUUCAUUUAAUCAUUGAAUUAUUCAGCUGUUCAGUACAUUGUUACAGUAUACUGCUCUUUCAGAGGUCAAAGUAUAGUACAGGACUAUUUUCUGUUCUUUAUCUUAGUAUCUGAAUCUGGAGGGCCCCCUGGUGGCCAGCCGGUUGUGCUGAGGUGUGAGGUGUCGGAGGUGAGCGGUGACCCUGUGACCCUGGCCUGGAUGAGGAUGGAGGGGAGCAGGGGGCUGCUGGUCAAACAGGACAUCCUGACAGAGAGUCACCCCAACAGGACGCUCAGUGUGACCCUGCCCAGCCUCUGCAGAGACCAGCUGCACUGGCAGUGUGUUGUGUUCACAGAGGGCAUGCUCAGAGCGACAGCCUCCCUGACCCUCACACUCCCCACAAACACACCAAUGUCUUCAAUGACAGGUAACAACUUGUUUUGCUGCACUGGCAGUCUGUGGUGUUCACAGGGGGCAUGCUCAGAGCAAGCAUUCCCCUCAGAUUCAGUGAUUCUGCUGGAAGAUCAUGGUUACCAGGGUUCAUUACAUCAACAUCGUCUAUGAUAGGUAACACACGUCUGUAGAUUACAUUAAAUCCCUCCAUCUGAAUGAUUUGGAAUCUAUUAAAGAUUCAGUUAGAGGACAUCAUCAUAAACAACAUACAGUACAUCAUACAAGUAACCAAAUCAAUGUCUUUGGAUUACCCUUGGGCCCCUGUUAAUUUAAACUGUGAUGAAUUUAGAGUCUUAGCAAAUGUAGUCUGCUGUAUAGUAAGUACUCAGGUAUCUCAUAUCCCAGCAUGUUCUCUCUCAUACUCUUUGUUCAUGUCUUUUUGGUUACCACAGAUGACAACCAUCUGCAGACUGUGAUCAUUGUGGCCUGUACUGCUAUGGUUGUUACUGGGGUCCUGGUUGGUGCUCUGGUGUUCUACCUGAAGAGGAAGAAGACAGGUAAAAUACACUGAUAAUGACCACUAUUGCUGAUCAAACUUGUCGGAUUGCUACAUCUUAAAUUUAGGCCUAUGUCAACAAUUGUGUGGAAACGUUUUUGCUACGAUCUCUUUUUUCAAAGCUGUGACGACCCUAACACUGACCCAGAAGAAUGACCCAGUCUACGGUAACAUCACAGAUCCACAAAGAGACCAAGGUAUACCCUUCUUCACUUUGGGUGUAAUAUGAUGUACAAUACAGAUAUAGAUAUAGAUAUGGCAGUGGAGGCUCCUCAGAGGAGGAAGGGGAGGACCAUCCUACUCAGUGAAUUUCAUUUUUCUUAAAAUAGUGAAACAUUAGAAAAGUUAUCCUUUUUAGAUAAAACGAUACUAAAUAUAUUCUCAUCACCAAAUAACUGAUUAAAACACACUGUUUUGCAAUGAAGGUCUACAGUAGCCUCAACAGCACUCUUUAAGGUAGCACCAUGGUGUAGCCAGAGGACAGCUAUUUUACAUUGACUUGAAUUCAAAACCUAGGAGGCUCAUGGUUCUCAACCCCUUCCAUAGACUUACACAGUAAUUAUGACGACUUCCGGAGAACGUCCUCCAACCUAUCAGAGCUCUUGCAGCAUGAACUGAUAUGUUGUCCAUCCAAUCAAAGGAUCAGAUAAUUAAUCUAGUACUGAAAGCAUAAGCUACCGCCAGCUAGCACUGCAGUGCAUACAGUGUGAAGAGUUUUUAGAGAAGCAGCAGUGUGUGAGAGAGAGAUAGCUAUAUUUCAUUGUAUUUUUUUCUUCUAAGUUUACCUUUUACUUACUUAGCUAGCUGAUGCAGCUAAUUUAGUCUACUCAACAACCUGACUCAAAUAAAGAGGAAUGCUAUGCUAUUUAUAUUAGCUAGCUGGCUAAGGCUAUCCAACACUGCAACUCUUCCAACUCAAGGUAAGCUUUCGGUUUAAUUAAUUUAUUGCCACCGGGCCCGCCGGUGUAACUGCUAAACUGCUUGCUGUACACUGUAGGCCUGCUGCAUAAUUGUAACCAGCCACUCAGAUUUUUUACCAGCCAAAAAAAUGUUGGGCUAAAAUUACACCAACAAAACAGAAAAAAAAGAUGAGCAUGUUUUGUAAUGUAUCUAAAACAAUAAAUGUAUUACUAGUAAGAAGUAAUGUGGUAUAUUUUUGUGACCUCAGUCUUUUAACCAAAAUAUCACAGAUGAGACAAAAAUGAUCACCUGGCCCUUUAAGGGUGGGAGGUUACCAUGGAAACGCGACUCCCAGUCACGUUUGUGCCUGUGAGAUUGAGAGUCUGACUAGUAUCUGCAUUGCUUCUCUUCUCUAUAAAUUGAAACUCAAACAUUGAAAAACAAACUAACUUGUGAUCAAAACAAUGUAAAUAGCCAAGAAACACAAGGACAAAGUCUCACUUCAGUAUACUUUGGCUUCAAGUAAAUUAGACCAACUUUUAUGCCUGUGCGCAGCGCUCCUAAAAAUGAAUCUUUCACUCAGCUCUUCACGUGAGCGCUGCAGGCUAUAGAAUUCGUAGUUCAAUUAAUUUACCAGCUAUGAAACAAAAUGACAGAAAUAUUUCGAAAACAGUUACUGCAGCAUUUAUUUUGCUAUAAAUGUGAUCAUACUUGACAUUUCAUUCACAAAUACUAAUCUACUUUGGCGGGUGUUAAUUUUAGGCCCUGAUGAUUAUGACAUUAGCUAAUAUGGUGACAACAAUGUUGGUUGUGGAGCAGUCAGUGGUUAUGGUAUGAAGAUUUGGCUUGGAGAGGUUUAUUUCGCCUCGUCACAGACAGCUGUUGUGUUGUGCACUGAAGUCCACAAGUGAACGGAAAAAGUGAAGCCAGAAGGAAUUAUAAACCAGGUAGUUUGGCACCUAGAUAUGGAUUGGCUGAAAGCCGUGAUAUAUUUAAGCAAUAAAGCCCAAGGGGGUGUGGUAUAUGGCCAAUAUACCCCAGCUAAGAGCUGUUCUUAUGCAUGACGCAACGCAGAGUGCUAGGACACAGCCCUUAGCAGUGGUAUUGCCGUGGAAAUUCUACACAUGGACACGCAAAGUCAAACUUAAAUGAAUCAUUGUUUAUUAACAGUUAACUGGAGAGGUUCCAACAAACUUGAUGCACAAUAGUGAACUUCUGUCAGGAGCUCUCUCGGGGCAGUCCCAAUAUUUAUAUAUUUCUUAAUUCCAUUAUUUUACUUUUAGAUUUGUGUUUAUUGUUGUGAAUUGUUAGAUAUUACUGCACUGUUGGUGCUAGAAACACAAGCAUUUCGCUACACCCGCAAUAACAUCUGCUAAAUACAGUAUGAUUUGAUAGGUUGGAGGACAUCCUCCAGAAGGUGGAGAAGGACAAAUUCAGACAGCUGAUGUUUUGAAAGCGCUGCAAAAUCUGGACCCCUACAAAUCAGCUGGGCUAGACAAUCUGGACCCUUUCUUUCUAAAACUAGCCGCCGAAAUUGUCGCAACCCCUAUUACUAGUCUGUUCAACCUCUCUUUCAUAACGUCUGAGAUCCCCAGAGAUUGGAAAGCUGCCGCGGUCAUCCCCCUCUUCAAAGGGGGUGACACUCUAGAUCCAAACUGCUACAGACCUAUAUCCAUCCUGCCCUGCCUUUCGAAAGUAUUCGAAAGCCAAGUUAACAAACAGAUCAUCGACCAUUUCGAAUACCACCGUACCUUCUCCGCUAUGCAAUCCGGUUUCCGAGCUGGUCACGGGUGCACUUCAGCCACGCUCAAGGUCCUAAACGAUAUUAUAACCGCGAUUGAUAAUAGACAGUACUGUGCAGCCGUCUUCAUCGACCUGGCCAAGGCUUUCGACUCUGUCAACCACCGCAUUCUUAUUGGCAGACUAAAUAGCCUUGGUUUCUCAAAUGACUGCCUCGCCUGGUUCACCAACUACUUCUCAGAUAGAGUUCAGUGUGUCAAAUCGGAGGGCCUGUUGUCUGGACCUAUGGCAGUCUCUAUGGGGGUGCCACAGGGUUCAAUUCUUGGGCCGACACUUUUCUCCGUGUAUAUCAAUGAUGUCGCUCUUGCUGCUGGUGACUCUCAGAUUCACCUCUACGCAGACGACACCAUUUUGUAUACAUCUGGCCCUUCAUUGGACACUGUGUUAACAAACCUCCAAACGAGCUUCAAUGCCAUACAACAAUCCUUCAGUAGCCUUCAACUGCUCUUAAACACUAGUAAAACUAAAUGCUUUUCAAUCGAACGCUGCUAGCACCCGCCCACCCGACUAGAAUCACCACUCUUGACGGGUCUGACCUAGAGUAUGUGGACAACUACAAAUAUCUAGGUGUCUGGUUAGACUGUAAACUCAACUUCCAGACUCACAUAAAGAAUCUCCAAUCCAAAGUUAAAUCUAGAAUCGGCUUCCUAUUUCGCAACAAAGCCUCCUUCACUCAUGCUGCCAAACAUGCCCUCGUAAAACUGACUAUCCUACCGAUCCUUGACUUCGGCGAUGUCAUUUACAAAAUAGCCUCCAACACUCUACUCAGCAAAUUGGAUGUAGUCUAUCACAGUGCCAUCCGUUUUGUCUCCAAAGCCCCAUACACUACCCACCACUGUGACCUGUACGCUCUUGUUGGCUGGUCCUCACUACAUGUUCGUCGUCAAACCCACUGGCUCCAGGCCAUCUAUAAAUCACUGCUAGGCAAAUCCCCGCCUUAUCUUAGCUCAUUGGUCACCAUAGCAGCAUCCACCCGUAGUCUGCGCUCCAGCAGGUAUAUCUCACUGGUCAUUCCCAAAGCCAACACCUCCUUUGGCCGCCAUUCCUUCCAGUUCUCUGCUGCCAAUGACUGGAACGAAUUGCAAAAAUCUCUGAAGCUGGAGACUCUUAUCUCCCUCAAUAACUUUAAGCAUCAGUUGUCAGAGCACCUUACCGAUCACUGCACCUGCACACAGCCCAUCUGAAAUUAGCCCACCCAACUACCUCAUCCCUAUAUUGUUAUUUAUUUUGCUCUUUUGCACCCCAGUAUCUCUAUUUGCACAUAAUCUCUUGCACAUCUAGCAUUCCAGUGUUAAUACUAUUGUAAUUAUUCUGCACUAUAGCCUAUUUAUUGCCUUACCUCCAUAACUUGCUACAUUUGCACACACUGUAUAUAUAUUUUCAGUUGUAUUUCUGACUUUAUGUUUUUUUUUACCCCAUAUGUAACUCUGUGUUGUUUUUAUUGCACUACUUUGCUUUAUCUUGGCCAGGUCGCAGUUGUAAAUGAGAACCUGUUCUCAACUGGCUUACCUGGUUAAAUAAAGGUGAAAAAAAAAAAAAAAAAAAAAAAAAAAGGUGUCAUAAUUACUGUGUAAGUCUAUGGAAGGGGGUGAGAAUCAUGAGCCUCCAAGGUUUUGUAUUGAAGUCAAUGUACCCAGAGGAGGACGGAAGCUAGCUGUCCUGGUGCUACCCUACAGAGUGCUGUUGAGGCUACUGUAGACCUUCAUUGCAAAACAGUGUGUUUUAUCAAUUAUUUGGUGACGUGAUUAUAUUUAGUACAGUUUUAUCUAAAAAGGAUAACUUUUUUAAUGUAAUUUUUUUAAAUGAAAUUUACUGAGGAGGAUGGUCCUCCCCUUCCUCCUCUGAGGAGCCUCCACUAGUACAGUAAGUAGGAGGUUGAGAUGACUUUCAAGAUGACAUUCCGAAUGUUCCACAGUACCAACAGAUGUAUAGGAAGUUACACUAAAGUCACAACUGUCUGAUUAACAUUUUGGCUUUUUUUUAUACUAUCAGAGAGCCAGGGGGGUCAAACAGGGGAAGAUGAAAAUGAGGAAGUUCAUUACUCUGAGUUUGCUUCAUGUGAACCCAGGCUUGGUGGUGAGUAAUGUGCGUGUGGAAAUACAGAAUGGUUUGUUGAAUGUAACUUGUGUUGAUGAAGCGUAACUAUUUGCAUUUCUUUUCUUUUUUUUCAGAUCCCAACAGAGUCACAGCAGGGUCAAAUCAGGUAAGAAUAGCACUUUAGUCAAAUUAUCAUUUUGUUAUAUAUAUAUUUGUUUUUAACUGGUGUUCAUGUCCAUACAUACAGGAACGUGCUGUGAUCUAUUCCCCUCUCAACAUAUAAGGAAACAUGACUUUCAGAUGGAUAAAAUUACCAUGUUAAGAUUCAGGGAUUCUAUUCCACAUUUUGUCACUUACUUAAGGUGUUUAUUAGUCUAUUGUGAAUUUUCACAGAGAAAAUAUGAUCCCACAAUACUGAUUAUGACGUUUUGUUUAAAACGUAUGAGAUUUGUUCAAUUAGCUUAUUAUGCUGCUUUUGAUUUAUGUAUAUAAUGAUACGGUAAUAUAUGCUUACUAAAACUGCCAUGUAAAGACAGCAGGUAGUGCAAUUGGAGGGUAAAUUGUAGGAAGGCAAUUUUGAUCUGAAAUAUUUUGAUGGCUGU